GGCCGUGUGUGACUUCCAUCUGCCCGUGUUUUCUCUCGGCAAAACUCGCACGGCCAAGCCACUCCUUCACAUGGCCGUGUGUGUUGUCAGGGCAGGCCGUGUUUGCUCUCGCACAAUCUCACACGACCAGAAAUAUGAGUUGCACGGCCGUGUGAUUUGUGGGUGUGCCCGUGUGGCCUCCUUUGUGACUUGCCUCGCGCCCGAUCUUCGCCCAAUCGACCCCGAGCUCGCUCCUAAACCUUCAUUCACUUGCCAGGACCUGAAAUAUCACAAACAAGCACAACCUAGCGUGAAAUCGGUCUAAAACACGAGAAACCACAUCUCAAACGGUGUAAGAACAGGGGUAAAAACAUGUGUAAUUAACGGUCUAUCAGCUCCCGUGAUGAUCAUGAUCAGGAAUGUCCUGUCAUAGCCAACCACACCUUCCCACACCCCAAACUGAGCUUUGAAGAGGCGGGCAUGAGUGAGGAGAUGCGAGAAGAUCUCAUGAAAGAAAUUGCUUGGCAACUUGCUCUCCAAUCCGUGCUAGAAAAAGAAGAGCAAGAAAGGGUGCAGAAAGAAGUUGUGGAGGAUGAUGAAAGUGAAGCUGGAGAAGUUCUUGAUCAUUUCCCAGGGGUGAUACCACAUGAAGAAGGAAGGGAGGUUGAAGAAGCAAUUGGCGUCCAGGCUGAGGACGAAGUUGAGGUGGAAGAGGCUUGCACCGGCCAUGAGUUACAUUUGAUAUCUCCACCAAACUUCGAGGAACUGCUUAGCAAGGACCCAUUUGCAGUGUCUCUUUGCCAGACCAAGGCCACAUCAACAUCGGUCCCUCUUGGUGGACGCGAUGGUGGUCAAUCGAUGCUGUCAUAUCUGGUUUGGGGCAAUGAGACGAGAGAAGAGAAGAAGAGGUCUCGAGGGUGGAGACGUUAUCUGCAUCAAGUGCACGAGCUUCCAUCACCUGUCAUACCACAUGCUCGUGACUUGAGACUCCACCUCAUAGACGAGAACCUCAACUUCAAAGAGGUUUUGGGGUGGACCGAAACUUAGGAGCCAUCGUCCGGCUCAUGACGUGAAAGAAGCGCUUAUUGGGAGGCAACCCAACCAGUCGGUUUGCAUUUCUUUCUCUUUUUCUCCUCGGUUGAGUCAGUUUUGUUAUUUGAUUUUAGAGUCAAUAAUUCAACCUUUGUGAGAUUUUGUGUGGUGUUUGUGGUCUGACCAUUCUCUCCUCCUGGAAUACGCCGCCUGCCCCGUCCACCAUCAUUCACCCUGGAUCUGGUAACUUCGUUCUACCCUCCUUAUCUUUCCUCCAUUGAGGACAAUGUCGUGCUUAAGUGUGGGGGGAUGUUCGAUUAUGUAUCCGUGUGAAUGUUUGACUGUUUGUGUGCUUAGAGCCUAGUCCACUGUCCAAAUUUCGAUUUGAGGGCUCCAAGUACAUGUUCAUUGCAAUUGCCUGCUCAGUAUGCUUUGAAUUGACAGUCUUUAUAGUAAUAUGCAACCUAGGGAGGUAGUGUAGCACUAUGGAGGAUGUUGAUGCAUUUAAGAAGUCUCAUUUCUUCUUCAUAUUGUGUUGGUUGAUUGAGUGAAUUAGUGAUCUUAGGACCCUUGAAUUGUGUGGUGUUGUGGACUCUCUACCUGUCAUGGACUCUUGUAUCAUGUUUUGAAAUAAAAGGUGCUCGAUAAUGUGCUUUAAAAUAACGUCUCCCGUGCGAAUAGGGCGAAAGUGUGUAAGGGGAGACGGGAAUUCGUUCACAAUUUCCACCUACUACCUCCAGCCCUCUUACAUUCCUUUUCCCCGCACGAGGCUCGAGACAUUCGCUCCCGGCAUGGCCGGUAAGAGCCGGGUUCCCGCAAAACCUUUGCUAGGUGGGAGCCCCGUUUUCUGAAAAUUGGGUUGGAACCCUUGAAAAAGAAAGAAAAAAAAGAGAACAAAAGAAAAGGAAAAAAAAGAGGUUCCAACCAUCUUCAAAAAGAAAAUAAGAGCACCUUGAAAAAUGUGAGUCCAUGAUCUUUAGUUUUUGAGAGUCUCUUCGUCCACGAUUCAUUUGUCCUCUGAUCACUAUUUGCCAUGAUGCCGACUCAAGACUAGCGUUCUCGCCGAAGAAGCUAUGAGAUGACUUGUGCGUCGGUUGACCUCGUAAGCUGCUAAAUGAUCUAGAAAAUCCUCUAUCAAGGAUCGAGGGUGCAUGUUGCUAUAGAGGUCUGGAGAGCUGCAUUGGUUUGAGUUAGGUUUACUUGGGGACAAGCAAACGGUUAAGUGUGGGGGGAUUUGAUGACUCGAUAUUUGCACAUGUUUUCCCUUUUGUUUCUUGAUCGUUUAAGCUUGCAUUAUUGCUUCUUUGGCCUAUUUUAUGCUAGGUUGUGUUCCUUUGUCACAUUUCAGGUCAUAGCACAUAAAGUGAAGCGUAGGCGCAAGUUUCAAGUCAAUCGGAGAUCAAUUGGCGACUCGAGGGAAGAAACUCGGGUAUGACUUGAAGAAGAAGGGAUUUCUACCCCAGUUUGUGACCAUAUAAUCAUGUAAUCUUGUCAUGAGAAGAAAGAGGACGAGAAUACGAGCGUCUGGGAUCAAACGGCACCUGAUUUGGAGUCCGAACGAGGGAGAAACGAAGAAUCAAAGAUAGGGGAAAAUUGGUUUCGGGCUUCUCUGAGAAACAGAAGGGGGCCCUAUCGUGAAGCUAAAAUCCCCGGUAGGGGAUUUUUGGCCUUGAUAGGGGAUUUUCCCAAAAAUCCCCGGUCGUGAACUAAAAUCCCCGGUCGUGAUCCAAAAAUCCCCUAUCGUGAACCAAAAAAUCCCCUGUCGUGACCUAAAAUACCCUACCGGGUAUUUUGACCGGGGAUCGCGAACGCAGGCUGUUAAAAGCCUGUUUUGUGCGUUUUUGCAGAGGGAGAGCUGGGUUUUGGAUCCCAAACACCCUAGGGACGAACCAAAGAGAGAGAGGGCGAUUUGAGGUCAUUCUUGGAGUGGAAUUGGAGGAUUUCUUUGCCUUGGAAGCUCGAGGAACAAGCCCGGACUUGAAGACUGAUCAUCUGAAGAUUCUUACUGCAGUCUCUCUCUAUGGAGUAACUUCCCUUCACUUAGGUUUUGAGGAACCCUAGCUAUGUUUGUUUGAUUGGAUGAUUGUAUGAUUACUCUGACUUGAUAAUCUUGAGUUCAUAUUCAAUCUAUGCAUGUUUUCAUGAUUCAAUUCUGCUUUAGUCAAGAUUAUUGAUUCUGCUUUGAUCCUAUGAGAGGGAAUACCUGAUUAGGUCAAUAGAGCACCAUAGAUUGAUAGUAGUGGAUCGAUUGCUUUAGUCGAGGGUUGAUUCACUGCUUUGUAUCGAUUGAGAACCUCUUUCGAUAGAGGGAGUCUAGUUCAGAACGCCUUGAUCAGUUGUUCUAGAGAAGGAUACGUCCCUCUAGGCAAUUGACUCAAGAGGGCCUUGUUCCUUUAGUCGAGACUCAAGGUCUAGUCAAGGAUUCUCCGCAUUGUGAAUGAAAGUGAAACAAGUUAGAAAUCAUCAAUCGUUAGUCUAGCUAGUGGCUAGGGGGAAUCAUACCUAAGUGAGUUCCCAACCUGUAAUUAGAUUAACUUUAACUGUAGUUUGCUAGAGUAGUUUUAGUUCUUUCAUCUUGAUAUGGUUUGCUAAAUAAUAAACUGAAGCUGAGUAA